AAAAGCAGCAAAAGUAAAAGCAACAAAAAUGCUCAACGGCUCCCAACGAAAAUCGAACCACAGCAAGUUUCCUCCACUGGUUAUUUCCAGCCUUCAGCAUCUGCUCCUUAUUCAGCACAGACAGCAAAAGAAGAGGAAGCAGAAGAACUAGAAGAGCCAGGAAAGAGACAAUGAGCAGCAGCGAGAUCAAUGAGUUUGACAACUUCAAACGAGUUGUCCAGAAGUCGUCUCAGUUGCAGGCAAAGAAGCUCUGGCAAUCUGAGCAGUACCAGAAGCAGCUCAGCUCCAAUCUAAAAAAGAUCAUAAACAACAAGAGCACGAUAAAGGAGUCUUCCUUCUUGAAACAAAGUUAUAUGAACCUAAUCAACAGUGCCAACAUCAACAACAUAGGCAAUCUCAAUCUCAAUCUUAAUCUUAACAGUGGCGGCAACAGCAACAGCAAUAGCAACAACACUUUUGGGAGUAGUUCCAACACUUCAAACAGCAACUAUCGCAGCAUCGGCAGCAGUAAUAACAACCAUAAUAUAGGUGGUCAUAACAAUACUAAUGUUCAUAAUAACAGCAACAUUAUUAGCCAAAAAGAUAAGGAAUUCAAUGAAAACGAGUCCCUAUAUAAGAUAAAGCAAAUUCACGAAAACGAUCGAAAAAUUCAAAAACAAUUUAUUGAAUUGAAUCUCAAUUUGAAUAAUUUGAAAAAAUUCAACAAAAAAUUGCAGUACAAUUUCAUUAAAAAGGAGAAAGAAUUGACUAGAAAUGCAAAUGAUUUACAAAAAUUCGCUGAAUUAACUGAUCAAAGAAUCAGAAUACUAGAAAAUACCCAGAGGUUAAUAGAAUCAAAUAAAAAUUUAUAACCAAUCCAAUUAAUUGAAUUUUAAUUUUUGAAAUGAAAUUUAAAUAAAUAUUAAAUUAGGUAAAUUAAAGAUUAUUAGAAAGACAACUAAUAAGUUAAUGAAAUCGUUAUAUAAUUAAACAAAAGAAAGACCAAAAUUAAAAUUAAAAUCAAAAUCAAAAUUAAAACAGAAACAAAAACAAAAACGGA